UGGUAUACAGGAAGUAGUUCUGCUUGUGUCAAACCUGACUGGCUUGUUCCAGAUCACGGAGCUCCAUCACGUUUCUCUUUUUCUUUUCUGAUUCUUUUAACUGUUUUGCCUGAGAUUCAGUUUGUUUGUUUGUUUGUUUGUUGACAUCCCCCGUGACGCUGCAGAGGAUUAAGAUCUGAACUCGCGACUGUCUGACGACUCGCGGACCAGGACCAGGACCAGUGCAGUGAUGUUUGCAUUGAGUUGACCCUGUUCUCCUGCUCACCCGGUGAUCCCAGUCCCCCUACGCCAUGAGCGUCCAGCCUCGGAGGAUCCGUCUGAAGCCCUGGCUCCUGGCUCAGGUGAACAGCGGCAGGUAUCCUGGACUACAGUGGCUCAGUUCAGAGCAACGACUCUUCCAGAUCCCAUGGAAACAUGCUACACGGCACACACCGACAUCAGAUGAAGAAAACACCAUCUUCAAGGCAUGGGCUCUGGAGACAGGUAAAUAUCAGGAAGGCGUCGAUGAACCCGACCCUGCCAAGUGGAAAGCAAACCUUCGCUGUGCUCUGAAUAAGAGCAGAGAGUUUCAGCUAAAAUAUGAUGGCACUAAAGAGACUCCUGUCCAACCAUACAAAAUCUACGAGGUCUGUGAGCAGCCAGGGAACACAGAUGGUGUCGAUGAUGAGGAUGAGGAGAUGCCCAACCUGAUGGACCUCACCAUCAACCCCAGGAUCAGUGACCCUCCCUCCUUCAGCUCCUUCCCGGCUCAUUCAGAAGUAAAUCAGUUCAGUUUAUCUUCCAAAAGGACGUUUGGACGUCCUCAUGUGAUCCCGAUGCCCCUCCUCCCCGACAGCGUCCUCCCUAUGACCUCUGACCUCCAGGUUCGGGGUCAGAUGGUGGAUCAGGGGAACUUCAUCCAUCCUGCAGGACUCCCUAACGGGAUCCAGGACCUGAACUCUCUCCCCCACUCAGCUGCCUCUGCUCCCGCUGGGCCGGACCUGAUGGAGGCCAGCAGCAUGGGAGGCAUUGAGAAUCCAGGAGAUCCUCAGAACCAUCAACCCUGCAAGUACGACCUGCUGAGCAGCGUCCCACUAACAGAUCUGGACCUGAAGUUCCAGUACCGGGGCCGGCCCAUGGGCUCUCUUACAGUCAGUAACCCUCAGGGCUGCCGGCUGUACUAUGGACACCUGGAGCCAACCCCGGAGCAGGUGGACCUGUUUGGACCUGUCACCCUGCAGCAGGUCCUGUUCCCAGGGACGUCUGAGAUCCAGAACCAGAAGCAGCGGUUCUACACUGAGGCCCUGCUGGACGUGAUGGACCGAGGUCUGAUCCUGGAGAUCUGGGAACAGGACAUCUACGCCAUCCGCCUCUGUCAAUGUAAGGUUUUCUGGUCCGGACCAGGCAUGCCAGAACAGGGUCCACCAAACCCCAUGGAGAGGGAGAAGAAGAUCAGAGUGUUCAGCCUCAAUGAUUUCCUGCAAGGACUGAUCCUGUUCCAGAAAGGCGAAGCUCAGAACCCUCCACCCUUUGAGAUCUACUUCUGUUUCGGGGAGGACUGGCCCGACAAGAGACCCAAAGAGAAGAAACUCAUCAUUGUCCAGGUGGUUCCUGUGGUGGCUCGGAUCCUGACUGAGAUGUUCUCUGGAGAACUCAGCUGGUCCACAGACAGCAUCCGACUACAGAUCUCAAACCCUGACGUGAAGGACCAGACGGUGGAGCAAUUUAAAGAGCUGCAGAGGCUCCUACAGAGCCAACACAUCCAGGGGCCCUGGAACCCCAGCGUCCCCUGAUCAACACACCCAGGGGCCCUGGAACCCCAGCGUCAACCUGAUCAACACAUCCUGGGACCCUGGAACCCCAGCGUCAACCUGAUCAACACAUCCUGGGGCCCUGGAGCCCCAGCGUCCCCUGACCUACACAUCCUGGGGCCCUCGACCCACAACGUGUCCUGGAUCCCAAGUAUCCCCUGAACACCAGGACUCUGACAAGGGGGACGGUUGAUCAUCAGCUCCGAGACUCGUGGAGGCUCAGGAGGACCUAGCAGUGGAUCCACUUCCUUUCUAGAGCCCCCGUACUCUUCAGGUGUUGGUAUUAACCUCUGAAAUGGUCCUUUAAAUUAACCCUUCAUGCUGUGAUGUCCUGAUGAGUUCGGGUUGAUGCUGCUCUGUUUGUUUCUUCAGUAUCUGUUAAAGCUUUCAGCAGAUUAUUGAGGAUCGAUCAAAACUAAUGAGAACCAACAUCAGAACAGCUGAAAAUGACGUCAAAGUAUUUCAAAGAAAAACCUCCCACCAUGAAACCCGUUUUUAACUUUUCAUCCAAUUUGUUCAACUGAACUUUGGUUAAAGAAAAUCUCAUCUUAAGAGAAACAAACUUCAACUUGUUGAUUCAUCAGCUGAUCUCAGCUCAGUUUUAAAGAAAAUGAAAUCAGUGGUUUUCUCUGUAUGAGCUGACAAUGAUCAUCAGUGUUGAACUGAUGAAUUAACCUCUUACAUGUUUAAUCACCUCAAACACAUCAUUUUGUUUUUAAACCAUUUUCCAUCAUAUCAGUAGGUUUCCUCGCUGAGUGUAUUCAUGAUUUCAAUAAACACCGCUGCAGUAUU